AUGGGGUCUCUAACGCGUUCGGAGGAGAUGCGCUUCUGUCAGCUGAUCGUCGAGAAGGACGCGGCGUUCAACAUCGUCGCCGAGAUCGGCAAACAGCCGUACGUGCAAUUCAAAGAUGUAAGUUUGAAUCCUGAUGUCAAUCCAUUCCAACGGACAUUCGUCAAACAUAUUCGACGAUUCGAUGAGAUGGAGCGAAAAUUGAGAUUCUUGGAGAGUCAGAUCGUCAAAGACAACAUCACGAUCGGCGGCCGAAUCGACAACGGCGACUAUUCGAUUCUGCCGGUGUCGGAGGUGAAUCAGCUCGAGACGACGCUCGCCGAUCUCGAGAAGGACGUGAAGAACAUGAACGAUUCGGACGCGUCGUUGAAGGCCAACUUUUUGGAUUUGAAAGAAUGGGACGCGGUGCUCGACAAGACCGACGAGUUCUUCCAAGGCGGCGUCGAUGAUCUCGCGCAGGAGGAGUUUGAGAGUCAGGAGGAGGAAUCGCUCGGUCCCAAAGAGAAGGUCCCGGUCAACUACCUCGUCGGUAUCAUUCAGCGAGAACGCCUCAACGCCUUCGAGCGCGUCCUCUGGAGAGCCUGCCAUCAUACCGCCUAUUUGAGAAGCAGCGAUGUCGAGGAGGAGCUUGAAGACGCCUCGGGCGAGAAGAUGCACAAGUCGGUGUUCAUCGUGUUCCUCAAAGGCGAUCGCAUGCAGAGCAUCGUCGAGAAGGUGUGCGACGGCUUCAAAGCGCGCCUCUUCAAAAAUUGCCCGAAGACGUUCAAAGAGCGUCAGUCGGCGCGAAACGACGUGCGCGCCCGCAUUCAGGACCUUCAGACGGUGCUCGGACAAACGCGCGAGCAUCGAUUCCGUGUGCUUCAGGCGGCCGCCAACAAUCACAAUCAAUGGCUCAAACAGGUGCGAAUGAACAAGACCGUCUACAACGCGCUGAAUUUGUUCACGUUCGACGGCAUCGGACGAUUCUUCGUCGGCGAGUGCUGGAUACCGCUGAAGCACAUCGACGACGUGCGGCGCGCGAUCGAAGCCGGCGCCGAGAAGAGCGGCUCGUCGGUGAAGCCGGUGUUGAACAUUCUCGAGACGUCGGUGGUGCCGCCGACGUACAACGAGACGAACAAAUUCACCGCCGUGUUCCAAUCGAUCGUCGAUUCGUACGGCAUCGCCUCGUACCGCGAGCUCAAUCCGGCGCCCUACACGAUCAUCUCGUUUCCGUUCUUGUUCUCGUGCAUGUUCGGCGAUCUCGGACACGGCUGCAUCAUGUUCAUGGCGGGAUUGUGGUUCGUCGUGCGCGAGAAGAAUCUCAUCGCGCGCAACAUCAAGGACGAGAUUUUCGGCAUGUUCUUCGGCGGCCGCUACAUCAUCUUGCUGAUGGGACUGUUCUCGAUCUACGCCGGAUUCGUCUACAAUGAUCUGUUCGCCAAAUCGUUCAACAUUUUCGGAAGCUCGUGGAGAAAUCCAUACAACAAAACCGACAUCGACAACUGGAUUGCGGCCACCGCGCACGGCAAAGAGUUUCUGCUGGAGCUGGCGCCCGAAGACGCGUACGAUCGCGAGCUCGGCCCCUAUCCAUACGGCGUCGAUCCGAUAUGGAACGUCGCCGAGAACAAGCUCAACUUUUUGAAUUCGAUGAAAAUGAAGUUGUCGGUGAUUCUCGGCAUCGCGCAGAUGACGUUCGGCGUCAUCAUCUCAUUCUUCAAUCAUCGCUACAACAAAUCGAGCAUCGAGAUCUACACCGUCUUCAUUCCGCAAAUGCUGUUCAUGGGCACGAUUUUCAUUUAUCUGUGCAUUCAGAUCGUCCUCAAAUGGUUGUUCUUCUCGACGCAAGAGGGCAUCGUGUUCGGACAAGUCUAUCCGGGAUCGCAUUGUGCGCCGUCGCUUCUCAUCGGCCUCAUCAACAUGUUCAUGAUGAAGGACCGAAGCAGCACAUUUGUGCGCGGGACCGAGAAGGUCAACGGCGUCUGGCAGGAGGUCGACGCUUGCUAUCUCAGCCAAUGGUAUCCGGGACAGGGCGCCAUCGAGAUGGUGCUCGUCAUCAUCGCCGUCAUCUGCAUUCCGAUUAUGCUGUUCGGCAAACCCGUCCACUUUUUGAUGGAGCAGAAGAAGAAGAAGAAGGCUCAGGAAAGUUCCGUCCGCGCCAACGUGAUCUCCGAGAGCACCGAGAUUAUUUCAAACGGUCAUAAGAAGGAGGCCGAAUCGCACGGCGGCGGCGGCGGCGGCCACGGCCACGAGGACGAAGCAUUCGGCGACGUGAUGGUCCAUCAGGCGAUCCACACAAUCGAAUACGUGCUCGGUUGCGUCUCGCACACCGCCUCCUACCUUCGGUUGUGGGCUCUCUCGCUGGCGCACGCGCAAUUGUCCGAAGUGCUCUGGCAUAUGGUGUUCGUCACCGGCGGCCUCGGAAUGUCGGGCAUCGUCGGCUUCAUUCCGGUGUUCAUCGUGUUCGCCAUCUUCUUCGGACUCACCAUCUCGAUUCUCGUGUUGAUGGAGGGUCUCUCCGCGUUCCUUCACGCGCUUCGUCUUCAUUGGGUCGAGUUCCAAUCGAAAUUCUAUUUGGGUCUCGGCUACCCAUUCGUUCCAUACUCGUUCAAAACCGCACUUCUCGAGGCCGAAGCGGCGGCGGCAAGCGCGAGCAGCAACUAA